UGCCAACAGAGUGCACGAGCAACAGGUUUGGAACGGGAUAAAGUUGCAUUAAUUGCAGUUAUAAUACGAUUUUUUUUGUCUUUUCGUGCACUUUGCAUAUUUUAUUCUGCGCACAUUUUGCAGCACUUGAAUGCAACCGUAGUUGGAUUUGCGUUUAAUUGUCGUACGAAUGUGUGCAAGCAAUGUUUACCUCCUGGCUGCGCUCCAACAAUGACUGUUAUGAAGGGAGCCACGUGACUCACUCCUCUAGUAGGACGUCCCCGCUGUCUUCACAGUCCGUUACAAACAAGUCGCAGAUAAAGGGACGCAAAGUAGCGCUUUCAACGUGACACUGUUUGUCUCCACGGAGCUGUCAGGGACACAUUUGAAUUCCUCUGUGCGGAGUUCGCGGACGAAACGCUCGAGACGGGAAACUCAAAACUUUUGAAAACUUUUGACAUAUUGACGCUGAUGGGACGUGGCGAUGGCCUCUCCAUCCACACCAACAGCGGGACCGGCUACGGCGCCUCACCCAGAGCUCUCCGGCCUGGGGGGCGUUGAGGCCUUGAAUUUGAAGGUGGGGCCGGUGCGGAGGAACCUCUUCGGGUCCGUGGACCACCAGCAGCUGCAGCAGGACUUCCAGCGGCUGCUCUGCGCGAAUGUGGAGGAGGCCAAGAAGCGCUGGAACUUCGAUUUCCAGAGGGAAACGCCAGGAGAGGACUCCGGCAUCGAGUGGGAGGAGCUCGGGCACCAGGACGUGCCGGCAUUUUACCGCAGCCGCACGGUUAGGCCCGCGCUGCCGCGGCCGACGUCCCAGAGUCGGACGUCGUCUUCGUCGGGCGAGGGUUCCCCAGGGUACGGCAGCUCGUACGGAUCCGGGGAUGAGUACCUGGAGGUGACCACGAGGGGUUGCUACCAGAUCCAACGGCACGCUAAACACAAACAGUCUGCCAUCACAGAUUAUUUCAAGGUGAAGAAGAGGAAGCUUCUGCAUUACAAAGCAUCUUCUUGGCAGUAGAAAAGCACAACUAGACCCAAGCGGAGGAUCACUUAGUACUCGACAUCCCUCUACACGUCCCCUCACACAGACAUGUGUCGUAUCAUAUGUAUAUAUGUAUAUAUAUAUAUAUAUAUAUAU